AUGUUUAAAAGUAUUUCUGAAGGAUAUGAAAUGCUAUGAAAAUCCAUCAUCAGGCCUGAUAGAGAAGGAUACUCCAACGAUGAUUUAGGGCCAGCAGAAUUUGCAAUAGAUGAUCGAAUUUAUACAAGAACUGAUUUUAGCAUUAUAAGCAUUAAAGGAUGUAGAAUUCUAUGCUCCCAUUUUGAGCCUGCAGAGGACGAAAGAGUGGCAGAAAUAUUGCCAUGUGUUAUUUACUUGCAUGGAAAUUGUAGCUGCAGAUUAGAAGGACUUACAGCUGUGCCCAUUUUAUUGCCAGCAAACACCACAGUUGUCGCCUUUGAUUGGUCAGGAUGUGGAAAUUCUGAAGGAACUUAUAUUUCUUUGGGAUAUUUUGAGAGGUAUGACUUAGAAAAACUCGUCGAAUAUUUGAGAGAAAAGCGAAGAGUUGGUUGCAUUGGGCUUUGGGGAAGAAGCAUGGGAGCAGUAACAGCUAUUUAUCAUGCCAGCCAAAACAUGCAAAUUGCAAGCAUGGUCUUAGACAGUCCGUACUCCAACUUGCGAGAGCUUGCAUUAGAAUUAAGCAGAAAAUACACAAGCACUCCAUCAUUCAUUUUGAAAUGAUUUUACAAUCGAGUUAAGCAAACAGUGAAAGAAAAAGCUGAAUUUGAUAUGGAUUCAUUAAAUCCAAUUGAAAGAGCUGAAACCUGCUACCAGCCUGCACUCUUUGUAACUGGCAAGGACGAUGACUUUGUGCCAUCUCAUCAUACGCAAGCAGUCUAUGACGCUUAUAAGGGAGACAAAGAUAUUUUGUAUAUUGAAGGAGAUCAUAAUUCAGCAAGACCUCAAUAUUUUCUUGAAAAGGUUGCUCAAUUCUUUUAUACAACAUUACUUUGUGCUCAACUACCUCUUCCUAAUUUUAAAAAUCUUCCUGAAUUCAUAGAAAGGAGAACAUUUGGCCCUGGAGGAUGUCCAAAAGAAGUUUUAGGGGACGAUGAUGCUAUGCUAGAAUGGGGAAUCCAAGAGUCCUUAAAAGAAAUGAACAAGGCGAAGCCAAAUUGCUAA